CACACUGUCCGCUUGCUCUGGUGUCCAAAUUCAAUUUCUUGUCUGUUUCUGUCGACUUUGAAAGUCGCAUUCACCCACUGGUAUGGCUAAGAUUGAACGCAUCGUGUUCCUGUCCUUGGUGCUGGAUCUAUUUGCAUUCACCAUUCCUUUGCCCUUGUUCCCGCGUAUUAUCGAGUGGUAUACGAACAGGGAGUCGUCCGACCCGACAGGCUUUCUUUCGCGCACCCUCUACUUCGUGUCCACCGUGCGCGGUCUGCUGUAUACACCCUCCUCCAACCCGCAAAGAUGGGACAUAGUAUUGCUUGGCGGUCUCAUGGGCUCUGUCUUCUCGUUACUUCAAUGGUUCAUCUCACCUCGCAUCGGAGCCCUGAGCGACAAACAUGGUCGUAAGAAAGUGCUACUGGUCACGAUGAUCGGGAACAUCCUGUCUGCAUUAAUAUGGGUGAAGUCAACCACUUUUGCUUCCUACCUCCUUUCCCGCGUCGUCGGUGGUUUGAGCGAGGGCAAUGUACAAUUGGCAAUCGCGAUCUUAUCCGACGUUUCCACACCAGCCACCCGCGCAAAGGCCCUGGCACAUGUCGGCAUCGCAUUCGCUAUCUGCUUCUGCAUUGGGCCUCCCAUCGGCGCGUACUUUGCGUCUCGCCCCCUGCCGUCAUCAAUCACCGCGUCUGGUUUCGAGCUCAACGUGUACGCUACCCCAGCACUGCUGACUCUGGUCUUGUUGGUCUUGGAGACUGUAUUCUUGGCAGUGGCGUUGCCAGAAACCCGGGGCAAGCGUGUUCAACCCAAAGAUGCCGCCCGGAGUAGCGAUAAGCUUGCCAAGGAGAAGAUUGAACAGAAGGCAACUGGAGCAAGUUCCGAGCAAACCAAACAGAGCACCGUUGUAGAGCGUCUCCAAACCCUCAGGACCCUACGAAGGCUGCACUUCCUUUUCCUGGGUGUCUUCUCUGGCGUAGAGUUCACCUUGACGUUCCUCACGUUCGACCUGUUUGACUGGAACAAUAAGCAGAACGGCGCGCUCAUCGGCUCCAUCGGCAUCGUCAGCGCGCUCCUACAAGGAGGCUAUGUGCGCAGGGCGAUCCCCAAGGUGGGCGAAGGAGCCAUGGCGCGACGUGGAAUAUCCAGCUGCGCGCUCGGCCUCGUUCUCCUCACUUUGGUUCCACUGCUCGUCGCAGAUCACACCACGGCGGCCGUGCGACUUCUCCAAGGCGCUGCGGUCUGCAUGGCGUUCACGUCGGCGACAGUAGUCAACUCGCUGACCUCGUACGCCUCGCUGCAAUGCGACGACGGCGUCGACGAGAACACUGGAAAACCUGUCGAGGAGCACCCAGAGCUUGCUAAGGGAAAGGCCCUGGGCGAGUUCCGCUCGUCCGGUCAACUCGGACGGGCCAUCGGCCCACUCCUGGCUUGCGCGUCUUACUGGACGUUCGGUCCGUCAUUGACAUAUGCCGUGAGCGCCGUAGCCAUGUUUGCGCUGUCGGCACAUACGAGGCCCAUAGCCAGACGGAGGACUGCCUCCGUGGCAUCAUAGUGGCUUACGUAGUGACUUCAUGGAAAGCUCCCCAAAUGUUAUAUGAUACCGGAGAAAGGUGGCCGCGAAAGCCAUUUCGCCUUGACAA